GAGUGGGCUGCCUGCCUCUUCUCCCACUCUCAUUGGCGCUUCCCGUGGGAGCGGCCCCGGCGGCGGCGGCUGCUGCUCUCCCUCGCCAUGGCCCCAGUGCGCUCGGGAGCUGGAGCUGGAGCUGGAGCUGGAGCUGGAGCUGGAGCUGGAGCCAGAGCUGGAGCCACAGCCGCGCCCAGGGUGCUGGCAGCAGCUGGAAGCGCGGAGCGCUGAGCGCUUGCUCCCGGGGCAGCCUGCUUCCUAGCCAUGUACUCAGGCAACAGUAGCGACGACGGCGGUGGCGGCUACUGGGGCAGUGGCCGAGCAGGCGGAGCCGGAGGCACUGGGGCUGCAGGGGAGCCCGGGCCGGAGGGGAGCCCUCGUCCAGCGCCCCUUUUCAGUCCCGGGACUUACGAGCUGCUAGCGCUGCUGAUCGCCACCAUCGGGCUGCUGGGUUUGUGCAACAACUUGCUGGUGCUCGUCCUUUACUAUAAGUUCCAGCGGCUCCGCACCCCGACCCACCUCCUCUUGGUGAAUAUCAGUUUCAGUGACCUGCUUGUGUCCCUCUUUGGAGUCACCUUUACCUUCGUGUCCUGCCUCAGGAGCGGCUGGGUCUGGGACACAGUGGGCUGCGCAUGGGACGGGUUUAGCAACAGCCUCUUCGGAAUUGUUUCCAUCAUGACCCUCACUGUCCUUGCCUACGAACGCUAUAAUCGAAUUGUCCAUGCCAAAGUGAUUAAUUUUUCCUGGGCCUGGAGGGCUAUAACCUACAUCUGGCUUUACUCAUUGGUAUGGACUGGAGCUCCCCUCCUAGGCUGGAACAGAUACACUCUGGAAAUCCAUGGACUAGGCUGCUCAGUGGACUGGAAAUCCAAAGAUCCCAAUGAUUCCUCCUUUGUGCUUUUCUUAUUCCUUGGAUGCUUGGUGUUGCCUGUUGGUGUCAUGGCCUAUUGCUAUGGCCACAUUCUGUAUGCCAUCCGAAUGCUUCGCUGUGUGGAAGAGCUUCAGACCAUCCAAGUGAUCAAAAUCCUGAGAUAUGAGAAGAAAGUGGCCAAAAUGUGUUUUUUAAUGAUAGCAACAUUCCUGUUCUGUUGGAUGCCUUAUGCAGUGAUCUGUCUCUUGAUAGCAAAUGGCUAUGGCAGCCUGGUCACACCAACUGUGGCUAUCAUACCAUCUCUCUUUGCCAAAUCCAGUACUGCAUACAAUCCAAUUAUCUACAUCUUCAUGAGCAGAAAGUUUCGAAGAUGCCUUUUACAGCUCCUGUGUUUCAGGCAGCUGAAAUUCCAGCAGCCCAAGAAAGACAGACCUGUCAUCAGGACUGAAAAGCAGAUCAGACCUAUAGUGAUGUCCCAGAAAGUUGGAGACCGACCAAAGAAGAAAGUGACUUUUAGCUCUUCCUCCAUCAUCUUCAUCAUCACCAGUGAUGAGACACAGAUGAUCGAUGACAAUGACAAAAACAGUGGGACAAAGGUGAAUGUGAUUCAAGUUCGACCUCUCUAAGGAUGGAGGGGGACAGUAAAAAACAGGAUUCUGCUCAGUAGACACAGCUUCUGAUCUUUAAUUUUGAAGACUGUGACGGAAUUCCCCAGAGGACUUUUGUUCCACUGUGAUAUGACAAAAAUGAGUUGACACAGUUGAACUCCAGUUAUGUUCACUGGCCUCAGAAAAUAACCUGAGCAUGGUUUUGGUCAAUGGGUGCUCCAUGUACUAAAAUAUGACUUCACAACAUAAGAAGAUUAGAGGAUUAUUUUGAGCUGGAAGAGAUCUUAAAGACCAUUUGGUACAAUCUCCUUAUUUUACAGAUGAUAAAAACUGAGGUCCUGGGAGGUUACAUUGCAAGUCCACACAACUUGUUAGAGAGUCAGGAGUCACCCCUUUCCAAAUAUGAUGAAUAUUUUCAUUUCAAAUGUUUCUAAAUGCUGUACUUUCUAGUGCUUGUGAUGCUUUCUCCUUCUGUUUUGCAUAUGGCUUUCAAAAUAUCUGCAUUUUACAUAUAUGCAUAAAAUGGGUAGGAAAACUGCCACCAGUUGUAGCUAAAGAGUGCUAUCCUUUACUCUAUUAUGUCCAACUGUCUUCUUUAUAAAUGUGAUAUCAUGAUUAGCCAGCUCUAAGAUGAAAAUUAUAGGCAACUCCCCAGUUUCCAAUAAAUGAAAACUUAAUGCGUCAGAAGACUUUAAUGCUAUGUGUACCAAUGAUAACCAAACAGCAGAUUAAGACAGAUGUGCUGCUGAGCACAACUCUAGAAUAUGUGAGUGCUAGAGAAAAGAAGACAUCAUUUUGAAAAAAAAAUAAUCUUGUAUUCUAAGAUGAUACUAAUUCUUUUCUGGUACCUAAAAUGUAGAUUUCUGCAUCACCAGAAAAUGUAUCUGGUGAACAUGACAUUAACCUGGGGAGAGUCAUCACCUACAUGUGACAAAAAUAUGCCAUAGGGUUUGUUAAUCACUUUGAUAAUUUUCCAUAUAUCUGCCAAGCAUAUAGUCCUAACUAAACAUACAUGGAUUGGAAUAGUAUUAGCCAAGCAGCAAUAGUGUAUCAGAUAAUGGUCAGGACUUGAAGAAGAGGCUUUUCUUUCCAGAUUAGUCUACAACUAAAGAAGACUGAUUUAAAUCAUGAACUUACAGGGCUUCCAAAGUGCCAUACAGAAUUACAGAAUGUUAGAGCUAGAAUAAACCUUAGAGUUCAUCUACUCCGAUGCUUUCAUUUAAUACAUGCUAAGAGAGGUUAAGAGAUUUUCCCAAGGUCACACUAAAUAAAUAUUAAAGUCAGAACUUAAAACCUAGUCUUAUGAGUCAAAGAUCACUAUCUUUCCACUACACCAGCUUCUUCCCUGGACUUAGAAGAAAAAUAUUUGUUCUACUUGUCAUUUCAUUUUUAUUAUCGGAAUAACUGUUUGACCUGGUGGGAUAGCAUUUUAUAUGUUUCAUGAACUUCAGAGUGGGUGUCUUGGUAUAUUGAGGAGAAAAGAACCAAAGAAAAAGUUUUCACAAAAAGUGCUUUUGAAAGUCACUCUUAUG